ACCGCUGCUGGGAGGCGAAGCAUUUCAUGAGGUGUGCUGUCAGCGGCACAGCUCAUGUUGUGGAUGCUGACACUGGCAAGCUUUGUCUUCUCCCUGGCGAGUUGGUCGCCGGCCGCCAUGGUGCGUCCCGCAUCGCUGGAUCUGUCAGUGUUCGUCCCUCCUCCUCUUCGCCAUAUCACACCGACGUCGAAACGGGGCCUUCGCACAAUCGCAAAAGAGGUGUGCGCGCGACGCACGCACACCUGGAUAUAUGUGUCUAUGUGAUCCUUUCAGAGUGAUGGCAGGAUGCCGUCGCCACAGCCCAAGGAGCAGCCGAUACCGAGCGACCCUGAUGGUGUACCAGCAGGUGCGUCGGCGCCAUCCAUAACACACGAGGGAGAGAGAGGGGAAUCCAUCGGAACAUGCCGUACUCACACACAUCUGUCUGCCUGUGUGCUGAUUGACCUUGUGGGCGUGCGUGUGAUUCCUUCGUCGGCUUUGUUCAGGCACACCAACGAAGUGUGGUGGCUUGGAGGUUUACGGGCGGUCAGAUGAGGAGGUGCGCCAGGGCCUUGACCCGCUGCCCAGGGUCACGCUCCCACCAGAACUCGUCGAACGGCACAAAUUCACCCUGUUCCCAGAGACUGGCCGGUGAGUGCUUCGUCACAGAUCAAGCAAGAAACAGCCUUGUUGACUUGAGAUCCUCUCCGUUUGCUUCGCACGUGUGUGUGUGUGCAGCUGGACUACGGGGUCUCUCAAGGACAUCAAUCUGCUCACGGUGGUUUUCUACGUGUGGCCGUUGUUGGAGCAGAUGAUAUUCCGGGUCGUGUGACACAGAGAACCCACAGGGAUGGGUGGGUGGAUUGAUUAGCGCAGUGUGUGUGUGUGUGUGUGUUGGACAGACAAACUGCGCUGAUCAGGACAACGAUGACGACAUCUCGAUGUCAUUUAUGGUCGGCAAGGACGGCAGGACGCCGAGGACAAGCCCAUAUGACUAUCAGAGGCAGAUAUGGGUGCUGGUCGGCGAUGAUGAGGAGUAUUAUGAAGGCACAAAGGCAUCGGAACAGGCCCUCAAGAGGCGCCUAGCGCGACAGGCAUUGAGAUACGGCUGCUAUGUGGACGAUGCGCUGCUCAAAUGGACUUUCUACAGCUACAACGACAAGACGUUCACCCUGGAGGAGAUCAGGGAGUUUGACCACAGAAGCAGGAUGUCGCAAGAGGGCCAGCCGCAGGAGAUAGUGGACUUCAUGGCGGAGCUCCUGCGCAGAGACGACACAAAUCUGCCGUUUGCCACAUGGGAAGAACUCAGGAGCCAGCAGCAGAACAGGUGCGUGUGUCGUCAGGCAGACAGACAGAGAGAGAGAGAGAGACAGAUAGAGAUAGAGAGAGAGGCCAGUGGGUGCGCGAGUGAAUGUGUGUUCCACACAUAAAAAUGCGUUUGCAGAUUGGAGCGUCUGCGAGAGGAGGCGGCGGAAGCAGCUGAGAGAGGUGUGGAGCCAUGAUUGACUGACGACGGAUAGAGCCAGUAGAUGCUUGAACUGUAGUGCGGCACAACGCAUGUAUGUAUGCAAGUCGGCCAGCGUUUGCUUUUCGUUUUCGACCCAUUCAUUAUGUACUCAUUGUUUGUAUCACUUGGCUGUAUCCAGCCGGUUGGGCGUGCUUAGGAUGGGACAGAUCCAGUCUUCCAGACAGGCACACGACACUUGUACAUAGGAUGGUUAGAUGGAAUCAUAGGGAUGGGUGGGUGGACAGGCCUUCAGGCUUCAAUGUGCAUGCUUCGUGUGUGUCCAUGCUGCCUGUGUGUAUGGGUGUGCUGUGGACGCGGAAGAUGUCCGAUUGGUUGCUGUUUUCACCGCACUCGUGGAU